AUGAGCACUCUUGCAUCCGCCGCGCCCGGAGGAUUAUUCGAGAUUGAAAUUCCGGUCCAGUCUUCAGUCAUACCAUCAGUCCUGGACACUAGCUCUUACGAAAAGUUCAAACCGAGUACGAAUAGUCAUUCACAGCGCUCGGUCUUGUUUUUCGUCCCUGAAAGUGUCCAAGGAAAACAGAACCUCCCACUUUUGAUAGCUUUCCACGGUUCGACCGAAAGCGGGUCCAUCUUCCGCAGCAGGACUACUGCUAUGGCUUAUGAUAAACUAGCGUCUGAGAUGGGGUUCAUCGUAGCAUAUCCCAGUGGUUAUAAAGGUAACUGGAAUGACUCGCGGAAGGCGGCAGCGUAUCCGGCAAAGGUCGAGAAUGUCGACGACGUUGGAUUCACCAAGUCAAUCAUUCAAUACUCGGCCAAGAAUUGGGCUACCUGCCCGCAGCGUACCCUCAUAGCCGGUUACUCCAACGGUGGACACAUGUGUUAUCGUCUUGCACUCGAGCUCGGCUCACGCUACAUUGCCGGAGUGGCUAUCCAUUGCGCUAACCUUCCGACGGAUGAGAACUCGGAUUGUCUCACUCUUCUCAAUGAUGCUGUGCCGAUUUGCAUUGUUAAUGGAACUGCAGACCCCGUCAACCCAUGGGGCGGCGGAGAAGUUACUCUCAGCCAUGCACCUGUUCCUGGGGGCUCAGUCGGAUCCCGUGGUUCACAUCAGAGCGCUGUCGAAACUGCGGAUUACUUUGCUGGUCGGUUCUUGGAUUUGGGCGUUGAACUCGAAUUAGAGGAAAUAGAGGAUAUGGACGAGGUUCAAGAUGUUCGACAGUUUCGCAACCCCCGUAACGACAAGGUUUAUGUGAAGUUACUUGCCAUGAUCGGUGAAGGGCACUACGUACCAGUUGCUAGUGGUGAAAAGAAAGCUCUGGUAAUUGGUCCUCGUCGAGGUGCUGUUCAUGCGCCCCGUGAAGUCCUUCGAUUUUUCGCCGAAAACACCACGUGUUUUGAAGACUCGUACUCAGAGGGUGACAACUGA